GCCGCGCAGCCGCAUUUCUCUCGCCAAUGCUCGAGGACUAGUCAGUCCUCUCUCUCUCCUUUUCGCUCCUCGCCUCCGCCGUUUCUGCUCGCCAUUCCUCGCCCGCGCCUUCGCGUCCGGCCGCCGCGGGUCGCCCCCUCCCCCUCGUUUCCCACCCCCGCUCCACGUCGCGGGCGCCGGGGGUGCCGCUCCGGGGCGCCAGGUGCGCGCGCGCGCUCGGUUCGGGAGAUCUCGGGGGCUGCUGGUUGCUUGGUCCUGGAGAGGGGGCGGAAGAGGAGGGCGCUGUGUUGCUGGGGUGAGGCCAGCUAAGGUUUGCAGCUCUGCGGAGGGGUAGCUGGUGGAGGGCGGUUGGGGAUGUACGGGCCGCCGUCCCGCGGCGGCGGGGGCGCCGGUGCCUCCGGCGAGCAGCCUAGGGUUUACCAAGUCUGGCGGGGAAGCAACGAGUUUUUGUUGCAAGGCCGGUUCAUAUUUGGACCUGAUGUGAGAUCCUUGUUUCUCACUAUAUUCCUCAUUCUUGCACCAGUGGUGGUCUUCUGCAUAUUUGUGGCCAGACAUCUUAUCAAUGACUUUCCUGAUCACUGGGGAAUUUCAGUUAUGGUCAUAGUGAUAGUCUUCACAGCAUAUGAUUUGACACUGCUGCUUCUUACCUCUGGUAGAGAUCCUGGUAUAGUGCCUCGUAACACCCAUCCUCCUGAACCUGAAGCCAUUGAUAUGAACAAUGAUUCUGGAAAUGGUCAGACACCGCAGCAAUUGCGUUUGCCACGGACAAAGGAUGUGAUCGUAAAUGGAGUCAUUGUGAAGGUCAAGUACUGUGACACCUGCAUGCUGUAUCGACCACCUCGAUGCUCGCACUGUUCUAUCUGUAAUAACUGCGUGGAGCGCUUUGAUCACCACUGUCCUUGGGUUGGGCAAUGCAUAGGAUUGCGCAAUUAUCGGUUCUUCUAUAUGUUUGUAUUCUCUACGACAUUACUCUGCCUAUACGUGUUUGGCUUCUGCUGGGUGUAUAUUGUCAAGAUCAGAGAUGCAGAACAGUCGUCGAUCUGGAAAGCAAUGUUGAAGACGCCAGCAUCAAUGGUUCUGAUCAUCUACUGCUUCAUCUGUGUGUGGUUUGUAGGUGGCCUGUCUGUCUUCCAUUUCUACCUGAUGAGCACUAACCAGACAACCUAUGAAAACUUCAGAUAUCGCUAUGAUCGACGGGCCAAUCCAUACAACAUAGGGAUUGUGAACAACUUCAUGGAGAUCUUCUGCACUGCAGUCCCUCCUUCAAAGAACAAUUUCCGAGCUAGGGUCCCAGCAGAGCAAGGUUUACAGCAACCACGUGCACCAGCAAGGGGAUUCAUGAGCCCGAACAUGGGCAAACCUAUUGGUGAUUUUGAACUGGGUAGGAAGCCGGUAUCCUGGGAUGAACCUCGGUCAGCAGCUGAUAUCAGAGACUUGGAGGUUGGUCUAGGCGGUCUAUUGGACGAGAAAGAAGGCAGAAUAGCUCAUGCAUCCCCAGAUUUGAGCAGAGAAGACCUUCCUGAGCUUAUGGAAGGCAGGGCUGGUAUGCAUUCAAGGCGAACAAGUUGGGGUCACAGAAGUGGGACUUCAGAGUCAAUGGACAGUAUUGCCGUGCAAAUGGGAACUGGAGAAUCUCACUGGGGCUCGAUUAGCAGUGUCCAUGGUGGUACUUCCAGUGGAGCUCACUAGCGCACCGCAGCACGUUUUAACUCAUCAGAAACUCACCCUCUCGUGAAACCUGCCUCUGAUACUGAAUGAAGAAGCAACAGCCCUGUGUGUUUCUGCGUGCUUGUGCUUUCGCUCCGCCUAGGAUAUACUUUGGUGCUUUCUUACUCGCGUCCCUGUUGUUUCAUCCUGGAAGCGAAUCAGUUCUUCUGAUGCUGCCCUUCCUGUUUGGUGUUCUAAGCAAAAAAUAACAGAAGAGCUCUUCAACUCCCUCGUGUUUUGGAUGAUUAUCUGUCUCUGUAUAUAUAUCAUUGGAAAUUGGAAUUGUCUGUAAGAAGGGUUGCCAGUAAUACGGUUGUCACGCACUGCUCGCUAGGUCAUGUUUGUUUGUUCCAUGAUUCACGAUGUAUGGUCAAUUUCUCCCACCA